CCCGACACGACGCAGCCGCCAUGGCUUGCGCCUCCGCCGCCCCGGGCGGUGCCGCGCGGCCGCCAUGGCGGCCGAGGCGGCGCAGGCGCGCUCCAACGGGUGCGUGUAUGCCCUGUGCGAGGACGGCACCCUCUACGCGCGCCACGAGGCCGCGCGCCCGGACCGCCCGGAGGUGGGGCCGAGGGACUGCGCGUGGGUGCCGCAGGUGAACAUCGGCACCGCGCACAGGGUCAUCGCCGUCGACGAGGGCUAUCUGUACGGCAUCCGGGGGCGCCAGGGCACGGUGGAUGCGCAGACGGUCCGCCACGCAAGCGACGUGGGCUGGCGCACCGUGGGCGCGAACACCAGCGUGGUGAGCAUCUCGGGGCACGCCGGCCAGCUGUAUGCCGUCGGGGACAAGUCUGGCGGGGACAGCGUCUACAAGCUGGAGCAGCCGCGGUCGUGCUCGUUCCCAGCCUGGGUGGCCGCGUCCAAAGGCAGGUCCUACUUCAUGGCCAUUCACGCGGGCACGCUGUACGCCCUCGGCAAUGCGAUCCGCGAGGGCGAGCGGUGGGUCUACAAGCAGCAGGUCGUCGGCAUGAGCCCGCUGUCCUCGUGGGAGAAGGCCUUCCGCUGGACGGACGGCCUCGGCCCCUUCGCCGUCGUGUCGCAGGGCGGGCUGCUGGUGGCACUGGCCGCGACGGACCACGGCCACGUGGCGCGGCUGGAGAUUGGAGGAGCCGACGCGGAGUGGGGCCUGGAACCCAAGACUGGCAUGCUGGCCAGCCAGCGCGUGAUCGCCAUCGCCGCGUGCGCUGGCGGCGCGGCGGCGGUCAGACUCGCCGGCCCCACGCCCGCGCCCGCGCCCGCGCCCGCCCAGGCACCCGCAGAGGCGGCCCUGGGCCAGCUGCGACGAGGCGACAGGACGCCGUCGCCGCCCCGCGAGCGCCCCGAUGGCGCGGCGCCCAGCGCGGACGCCGAGGACCUCGCCGCGCGACUCGCCGCGGCUCUCGGGGACGCGCCGCCGCCGCCGCCCGCGGCGCCGCCCGGCCGCGAGCUGGCGCCGUGGUGCCCUGGGCCGCCGCAGCUGGAGCCGGCCAGGCGGGACGCCCCGCCGCCGCCGGAGCACUUCCCGGGCAACCCGUGGGGCACGCCCGACGCGUGGACCACCUCGACGUCGUCCGCUUCUGCCACUCGGCGUGGGGGGUAUCGGCGGGAUCCAGAGCGGGAGCUCCGCCACGCCUGCAGCGACGACGCCUUGGUCGAGGACGUCCGCCGCCUCCUCGCCGAGGGCGCGCCUAUCCACGCGACGGACCGCGGCGGCAAGACGCCCCUGCACUACGCCGCCCGCAGCGGCGCGGUGGCCUGCGUGCAGGCGCUGCUGGAUCACAAGGCGGACCCGAACGUGGGCGACACCUCGAGCAACCUCCGGCCCGUAGACGAGGCGGAGUACUGGGCGGUGAAGAGGCCCAAGCACGACGACGGCGGCCUCUUGCGAGCGGGCUGCCUGCGCGUACUCGAGGUUCUCCGCGCGUGCGGCGGCGAGCGGUGCCCAAUUGCGGAGCGCUUCGAGCCUUGGUGCGCGCAGAACCAGCGGGCGAAGCUCGAGGAGGAGGCCCGCCUUCGAGGCAUCGUCCCGCCGUGGGCGGACGACCCGCUGGACGUGCCGCCCCAGGCGCAGGCGGCCUGGGCGCCCGCGGGCGCCGCCGCGGCGGCGGCCUGCCGGGCGCCCACCUCCGCCGAGGUGGCCGCCGU